AUGGGCGGAGGAGGAGAGGAAGAUUCGAGGGGAGUGAGGUUUUACAGGGAUUGUGCUUAUCUGGGGUAUCAGCAUUGUGAUCGAGGAUUGAGGUACAGUAGAGAAGGCGUGUUUUUGGGGCAACAAAUUUCGUGGGUGAUGGAAUCAAGAAUGGACCAGUAUGAGAUCAUGGAGCAGAUUGGCCGUGGAGCUUUUGGGGCGGCUAUUCUGGUUAAUCACAAGUUGGAAAGGAAAAAGUAUGUUCUUAAGAAGAUUCGGUUAGCUCGCCAAACUGAACGCUGCCGGAGAGCUGCUCAUCAAGAGAUGGCUUUAAUUGCACGUAUACAGCAUCCCUACAUUGUAGAGUUCAAGGAAGCUUGGGUAGAGAAGAAAUUGUUGAAGUGGUUUGCUCAACUACUAUUGGCUGUUGAGUAUCUGCAUUCCAAUUUUGUUCUUCACCGGGAUCUAAAAUGCUCGAAUAUCUUCAUUACGAAAGAUCAAGAUGUUCGUCUUGGUGAUUUUGGACUUGCUAAAACUUUGACGGCAGAUGAUUUGGCUUCUUCGGUAGUUGGAACUCCUAAUUACAUGUGUCCUGAACUUCUUGCCGAUAUUCCAUAUGGAUUUAAGUCAGAUAUUUGGUCCCUCGGAUGCUGUAUGUAUGAAAUGGCUGCUCACCGCCCCGCAUUCAAGGCUUUUGACAUGGCAGGAUUAAUAAGCAAGAUAAAUAGAUCAUCUAUGGGGCCUUUGCCCCCUUGUUACUCCCCAUCCUUGAAGUCUCUAAUCAAAAGCAUGCUAAGGAAAAACCCCGAACACCGGUUAAGUGCAUCCGAACUGCUUAAGAACCCGUAUCUACAGCCCUACAUUGACCAAUACCGUCCAGUUACCAAUUCACCUGAAAAACCACUUUCCGCAUCUCGUGAGAGCCGAAAGAGCAUGGCCGAGAGCCAGAGCAGCAACAGUUCUUGCAGCGACAGGGACAGCAUGGUAAUAAUGCCGAACGAGUCCAAAACUGCAAACUGCAAUCAUCAUAACAAAACCACCAAUGAAGAUUCAGCUUCCAUUAAUGCUGAAGAUGACAACCGUGAUGAUGUUCAUGAAGAUUCAGGAUAUAACAACAGAAUAAAGCAGCAGCCCAAUACAUUAAAGAACACCGUGAUUGCUCUGAAAGAAGGGAGGAAUAGAGAGAAUAGUUCUCCCAUGAGAACCCACCAUGCUAAAAAUGGUGUUGUUAACAAUCAAAGAAUAAUUGUGGAAGCAUCUCCGAGGGUUGCCAAACCGGGCCCCAAUUAUUACGGGCAUCAUAAGGGUAGUGCGGAGGCUCCACCCUCCAAGGUGAACUCAGAGUUUGUUAAAAGAAUGCAGGGAUUGCCUUCUUUGAAGCACCAGUUACACAUCCUGGAAACCCCUCCGAAGACCAAAGCUAGACAUGAAGGGAUCCCCCCAAUGGGCCCCACAAAGCCCAUUACUGAAGAUGGAUAUCCAACAAGGCCAAGACAGAAAACGCCACCGACCCAGGCCCGACGGCCAUCAUUUCCGGUGCGGAUAGGUCAACCAGGUUGCGAUUCCCCCAAUGCAACAAACAACAGUAACACAGCAAAGACCGGCCCAGAACCUACUAAAUCUGUGCCUCAUUCGUCAUGCAGUGCACAGAUAACAAGGGAAGUCAUGCAGCAUUCAAAAAGGUCAGUGGGGGGGCCCCAUCCUAAGAGGAUCCAAACGGAAAGCAGCAACUCGGCAUCUUCCUCCAUAUCUAUCCCAGAGUUGGACCUCUGUGACGAUGAUGCAGCCACAGGCUUCUUGGAACAUACACCUCACCACGAGCAAUCUAACAAUGUCGAGGCUGUUGUAAUGCGCUCAUCUUUUCCUGAAAGAACGGAAAUUUGCAAAGUUAAACUGCGAGAAACUGAAGUUGAAAUUAAAGACUCCAGGCUCUGCUGCUCAACCCCCCCUUCUCACUCGGAAAGACACGAAAAUGAAAGGCUGGAAGAAAGUUUGCCGGCGGUAUAUUCUGUGAAAAACAACCAUGAAUCCGCCAUCUGCUCGGUCAAGACAUUAAUUCAAGAACGCGCAGAUGACAAAGUCAUGGACGUGAAGAAUGGUCGCGAUGAGAGAAUGAGUGAUCUACUUACCGGCCCAAGCGAUAGCCUAGAGACACCCAGUGGUGGCGAUGAUGUUAGGUUUGUGGUAAAAAACUUUUCUCCAGAAAAAGGUCCCAUGGUGCAAGAUGAGGAAAAAACGGUUGGGCACAUGUUUGAUGAGGUCAUCCAUGUCAUACACCACAGUUGUUUUCAGGUGGGACCUAAGCACCCAGAAGUUAGGAAAUUGAUAAAUGCGGCACAAGAGGAAAAAAAUCCCAAACUAACGCCUCUCGACUUGCAUGUCCCGGAAAACCCCAUCACAAAGGAAAUAGAUAUGACGGCCUCAAAUCCUUCAAUGCAAAUGGAUGAGGGGCCGUAUUCGUCUGAACCAGUAACAGCAGCCCGGGAAGAAGGCCCGCCGCUGGUAAAAGAGACUUUGGACGUGAAUUCAUGCAGACAGAGGGCAGACGCAUUGGAGGGGCUUCUGGAACUGUCAGCAGAGUUGCUGCAGCACAACAGGCUGGAGGAGCUUGCUGUGGUCUUGAAGCCUUUCGGGAGGGAAAAGGUGUCGCCUAGGGAUACCGCCAUCUGGCUUGCCAAAAGUCUCAAAGGGAUGAUGCUUCAAGAAGGCACCCGAAAUUCUUGA